AGGCUGCUGCAGUUUCAUCCUGAUGUACUGAUCUGUGUUGUGCCAGACACCCUAGCAGUGCAUGCCAGGGUUGCAUUUCUGCUGAACUAGCUGGAGCACAAGACACAAAGUUUUUAUUAGCUUUAUACCCUUUGUAGGAUGGCAGAUGAUACCUAAUCUGGCAUGAAGCUGGGAGCAGUCCUGGCAGUCUGUGCUGUGGCCAUAGCAUCCAAUGACACAAAGUUAACUCAUUGACGUAUUUUGGAAUGAAUUUGAUGCUGGAGUAAGAGAGUGGAUGAGUACCCUGCAGCAAAUGGGUGCAGGCUAGCUCUGCAUUAAAUGCCUCAUAGCUGCAUUUCCCCUCUUCUGCUCAUGAUGUCAGCAGCAUGAGAGCACUGAAAUACUGUUUGAUUUUGUAAUGUAUGCCUUAGAAAUAGGUUUAAAAAAGAUGUGAUUACCCACCGCUUUGUUUGUUCUUUCCCAUCUGUGCCUGGUCAUUCCAGUUCUAUGAUAUCCUGACAAGAAUCUCCUCUAGGAAUGCUUAUCAGGCACAUUUAGUGGGCACACAAGCUGUGGUAUUUGCAGCAACAGAAAGAGAUGUAUUACACCAUAAAUGCACGCAGUGUUAGGUCUUUGGCUAAAAACCAAAACAAAACAUGAGCCAGUGUGCAGUGCUUAUUUUAAAGCGUAUAUGAUAGGGUAGCUCUGAUUUGUUCCAAUUCAAUUAAAGAUAAGUGGACAUUCAGAGGAAAGGAACAGCUAUGCAACGUGUCUGCUGCUUAAAUUGCUCCAAAAUUCUCAAUGAACUUUAAACCUCAGUAGCUCUUUCUGUAAACAAGCCCCCAGGUCAGGGUGCUUAUUACAUACCUGGGUAAAAGAAGGAUUGGUUCCCGUGAAAGAAAGAUUAGUGCUUUUCCCUUUCCCUAUCAGUAUAGCGUGCAGUAAUUUCACAAUGCUUUGCUACAAGUAGUGUGAGUGACUGCUGAUGUAAUACCAAAUGUUGCGGUGAAGGUUUGCAUUAAGAUGAUACCCUUCAAGUUAAGUGUACUUCAGUGUGCUGUCAUUUCAGCCACAUUUUGUUGUCAGGGCUUUAUUUUAAUAACGUGAACCACUGUUUUGCUUCAGGAUGUUUUGGGGUGUAGUGUUUGGAAGAUGCGUGCAAGCUUUCCCACGUGUAUUCAUGCCGUGCUGGCGUCAGCAGUGCUGGGUGUUGAGUUGAGUGCUGUGGUGCACACGUGCCCGCAGGGGUCGUGUCCUGCAGCAUGGCAUUGGGAAUGGCAGCUCCUGCUGCUCCAACAGCCAGGAGGGCUCAGCCCGCUUCUCUUCCAUUUAAAUGGGAGCCCCUGCACUCCUGGCAAGAAUUCACUUCUGCUGUCUUUCUGAAUCGUGCCCCGUAUUCAACUCCAUCAAAUCAAGGAAGUCCCCGUGUGGGAAUAAAGUGGCAUGUUUCUUUCUGGCUGGGACUUUGUGACAAAGCUGUAGGCAUCUGUAACGUUGUGAAUUCUCACUCGCUUUCUGAUUGGUUAAGAGCAGUGAAACAAAAGUGUACCGAUCUUGCCAAGGUCUCAGAACAAAAACUGUACUGUAACCCUCUUGUGGAAGUUGUAGAGCCACCACCUGUUGUGCCCAAGCCGGAUGGAGAAAUCCGAGUUAGUUGUCUCGUUCAAGGCAGCCUCGAGUCGGCCACAGGCUCAGAAAAUGACUUCAUCCUCCCUUGGACAGGAAUGCAGUGUCAGCCCCUGGCUGCUCCAUAUGCCUACUGUACUGCACUUGGGGAUCUCUGCCUUUAGAAGUGUUGUUUUCCUGUAAAUGAAGACAAAACUGAUGCACGUUUUUCAUUUGUUUUCUACACUCGAAUAUAGAAAUUCUGCUUUCUGCAUAUUUUCAACUGAAUUCUCACCUAUCAACACUGGCAAAUAUUCACAAGAUUUACCACACCCUCAAUAGGCUGAAUCUGACUGAGGACGUUGGCCAAGACGAUCACCAGACAGGAAAAGGUGAAGCCCCAAUGUUUGCAUAACUUCCAGCCUUGAGUUCAGUUGAAAAGUAUACUUGGCCUUCCUCAUGUGAGGACAAGUAGACGUGCAGGGAGCUAUUUUGGCCAUUGUGAAUAUAGUGCAGUGAUGUCUCAUGUGCCCACUUGUUAGGGGACUUGACACUCGUGAAACAUCUUACAGGAGAGUCUUACGUAAGUCUGGAAAAAACACCCCAUCUUUUCCAAAUCAUUUCAUAUCAUUGUGCCUAAGUUUGAUUGCUUUCUAUUCUCUGGUAUUACUUAUGGUGCAGUAAGAAGUAUCAAGACCUAUUCAUUUUAUUACACAGCUUACAGAACUGCAUAGAUCCUGUGGAUUUGUUUGAGAUUCUACAUCUAGAACUCAUUUGACAGUCAUGUUAAUAAGUCUGUUGUGAAGGUUUCUUUGGGUGUUAUCAGACCCAUCUAGAGAUUUUUUGUUUUGUUUUGUUUUAUCUUUUCUGAGAUGUUUUUCACACUUUCAGUCUUCUGGAGCACGUCUUAUCCUUAGAGAUAACUGUUUUUUUUCUGACGUGUAUCCUGGUUAAUGUUACAGUGCAGUCAUGUAUUAAGUCACCCUGAAACAGUGACUUACAUCUAAAUUGAGUUGAAUCUUCUAAAAGCUGCUUGGAAAAAUGGAGAUUUCAGUUUUAGGUUACCCUUUAUUUAUAAUGAACUUUUAAUGCUUAUUGUAUUCCUUCAAAGCAGGUAUUUUUGAGCUAACAUAAAUAUUCUGGGCAUCUAAAUUAUUUUAGACAAAUUUCAUCUUUUCUAAGUGUUAAUGUUCCUUUUCUGGGACCAUAACUUAAGCAUUUAAGAGCUGGAAGAUGGGUUUUUCAGAUUUUCUUCAGUGAUUUGUGAACUAUCUGGGACUUUAUUUCAAAAUAUAUCACACAUUACAAUUACAGUCUCAUAAAAUGCUUUAGCAUUGAGUGUGUUGAUAUAUAUCUGAAAAAUAAGGUAGAGUGUAAACGUGUCAUGGGGCUUUAACUUAUCAGCUGUUCCUAAGGGUGAGAAUCACAGACAGUUGGAUUCAUUAAACCGUUGGCUCUUUUUUCCCCCUCCUUUUUAUAUGUAUUAACUUGGAAAUUUCCCUCCUGAAUUUGAUAUUAGUGUUUUUUGUCAUGCCUUACAAAUCUAGCAGCUUGUCAAUAGCUCACAUUAAAGUCCUACUUGGAUUAUUUAAUUGUGACUUGUUUACUUAUCCAGACUGAAAUGUCUGUACAUGUCCUGCUGUCUCCUGACUGUUUUAACACAAGGAGGUAAUGACUUCAGCCAAAAAAAAAAAAGAAAAGGCUUCAUUGCUUUUCUUGAAGUUUGGAAGGGGGUGGAGGGGAAAUUAUUUUUCUUCUGCUUUUUUUUUGUUGUUGUUUUAGAGAAGAAAAUCCUUGCAAGUCCAAAGCAGUUCUGUAGUGUGGAAUUCAAGAUAGAGGAGAUGAUUUUUUUUUUCCUCUUUACCUGGUUUUACGAGAAGAUUGUAAAUGGUUUGGUGGUUUGGCAAGUACCUUAGCUUUUUUCUCAUCUCAUAUCUAAAAAAUGAUGAUUGUUAACGGUGUUUGUGGUGGUCUUAUUAAAUCAUUGAGUGAGUUGCUUUAUCUUUUUCAGUUACUUCAGCAUUCACAGUUUGUACUUAUUUUUCUUUUGAAACAUCCAUCUACUUAAACGUCAGAAGAGCAGAAGUGUUCACAGUUGUUGUCUAGAGAGAGUGUCUCUCCCUUGUGGUGCUUAUCUUACGUACUGUUUUAUAUUUCUUGGGGCUUUUGGCUGGUGGUGGCCUAUUCAGCAGCCAUUUGGAGGCUCUACCUUGCAAAUGCUAGCUUCAAGUGUCAAAAAAACAGUGAGAACUAGGAGGGUUCUGCCAAUCUUGAGUUGAGACCCAGAAGUAAGAAACUUUGAAGAUAAUCACAUCAGAGAAGCUGCACUUGGAGAGAGACUUUCAAAGAUACGAAGAAUAGGAAGUCUCCGGUCUUGCAGUUCAUCAGACUGCUUUAGUAAAGUGAUGCCUCCAAGGAAAAAGAGGAGACCUGCAGCAGGAGAUGAUUUAUCUGCUAAGAAAAGUAGACAUGAUGGAAUGUAUAGAAAAUAUGAUUCGACUAGAAUAAAAGCAGAAGAGGAAGUCUUUUCAAGUAAAAGAUGCUUAGAAUGGUUCUAUGAAUAUGCAGGCACCGAUGACAUUGUAGGGCCAGAAGGUAUGGAGAAAUUUUGUGAAGACAUUGGAGUUGAACCAGAAAAUGUAGUAAUGCUUGUAUUAGCAUGGAAGUUGGAUGCACAAAACAUGGGCUACUUUACAUUACAAGAAUGGUUAAAAGGAAUGACAUCACUACAAUGUGAUACUACAGAAAAAUUGAGAAAUUCCCUGGAUUGCUUGAGAUCUUUAUUAAAUGAGCCUACCAAUUUUAAACUUAUUUAUAGAUAUGCAUUUGACUUUGCACGGGAAAAGGACCAGCGCAGCCUAGACAUAAAUACUGCCAAGUGUAUGUUGGGCCUUCUUCUAGGAAAAACAUGGUCUCUUUUUCCAGUAUUUCAUCAAUUUCUAGAGCAAUCAAAAUACAAAGUUAUCAAUAAGGACCAAUGGUGUAACGUUCUUGAAUUCAGCAGAACAAUCAACCUUGACCUCAGUAAUUAUGAUGAAGAUGGAGCCUGGCCAGUAUUGUUGGAUGAGUUUGUGGAAUGGUAUAAAGGAAAACAAAUGACGUAGGAGUUCAACUAUGCACAGCCACUCAAGAGUCACUGUUACCACAGUUAUGUCAACCAUUAGCCAUAAACUGCUGUUUGUAUCGAAGUGCAUGCUGCUUUUCUUGCACUGCGUCCCUUUUGCAGGGAACUUUUGGUGUUUGCCAUUUAACAAGCUAGCUAUGCUUGCUGUGUAGCAUUGUUCUCCUUGAAGGCUGCUUUGCAUUUUGUAUUUACACUACAAAUUGGUGAACUUGCCAGCGUCUUCACUGUGAUUAUGUGUAUAUUGCUGUCGAAAUUUUGUAUAUGUGUAUAAAAAAAAGCUUCAACUAGGGAUUAUUUCUGCAGAAAUGUAUUGUUAAAAUAAUUUUGUGGCAUAUUUCUAGUCAUCACUUACAUGUUUGUUGAAACUUCAGUUAUUUUGCUUUUCUUUUGGUCUCAAACGUAGCAUUUCAGAAAAUGAACAGACUGCUUGGACAUAGUUACGGUGAAGAACUAUUGUCAGUUUUAAUGUUACUAUCUGAGAUGCCAAUUUGUGAGGGGAGAAGAGAUGAAGUGACUUUCUUAGUGGGAAUCUGCCAAACUUGACCUAUUGCUUAAUAGGAGUGAAGCAUCUAUGUCUUAAUAACAACAACAAAAAUCAUAUAUAAAUAUUAAAACACUGUAGUAGUUGUACAUGCCACAGUUUAUUUCCAUUUGAAGAAAAAGUACUGACUUUUUAAUGUUAAAACUGCAGUGGUCGUUACAGGUACAAUUGAACAAAUUAAAGUACCUUUUAAAAAAUGGGUGUUAGACUUUUGUAAAUUGCCUUUGGCACACUCCUUUUAUUUUUUGUUGUACCGAGAGUGUUUGGAUUUUGUUGCAAUAUAGUGAAACUUAAAGUUCUCGCUAAGAAUAGUGGUCUGGGGAAUAAAAUCUGCUCACCUCUAGCACAUAGGUAAUAGAGAUUUCUCUUUUCUGAUUUGUAACGUUGGUCUUUCACAUGGUCUCUAACUUUAUGUUUCUGAGUAAUUAAACAUAUUGUCAAAGCGUUGCUUUUUCUUUCACGCUGGGGAUUGGAAUUCCCUAGCAGGGUGUCCAUUGCAGGCAAUGGGCACGUUAAACACCAGUAUUAAAUGACUACUUUUUAUUAGGGACCGCUUCCUACUUCACUAAUUUCUUUAUCUGUGUAGGACAGUCCUACUGAUUACCUUGGGAAAAAUGAGUGAGUGAGUGGGAUGAUGCUUAAUUUCUGUAUUUUUGUUGCAUUGUCUUUGCCUUACCCUUCUUUAUUAAAAAACUGUUAUCGUUGACUUUUAUAAAUAGGUUCUUGAAGGAUCUGGUGCUACUAAACUUAAUCUCCUAAGGAUUUAUUGAAAUGUUCCAUAUUAAUUCAUGGAACCUUUAACAAAAAAGGGCCGGUGGGCACUUCAAAACAAAGAAUAGCAUUACUUUUCUGUAGAAAUAUAUGAUGAGGUAUUGGCAGUUUAGAUAUUUUUCAGAACGCGGUCCAGGGUAUGAGAGGGGGAGGGUGUGUUUUGGGAUUGAAUGUGAAAUUUUCAGCUGUCCCAUUCUGAUAUCAUGAAGUCAGGAACAACUGUCACUAACUCAGCUACUUUCAGGAUUUGUUCUGCAGAAGCAUAUUGGUUUAUUGCCCUGGUCUGGGAGGUUGUACCUGUUGGUAUGGGUGGUCUAAUUGUGUUCAAAUCUGUGUUUUGUUGGUGGUUUUUGUUUGUCAGACUAAGCUGCCAAAGACAAAAAUUGUUCGUGUGUUUGUGUGUAUCUGUAUAUACAUAAAUAUACAAUAAGGACACAUAUACAAAACCUGGAAUUUCAUGAAGCUAAGAAGAAAGUACUACCAUUUCCCAUAAAAUAGUCACCUUUGGAUUUCCGUGACACUAAAUAAUAAAUAGCAUCCUUUAGAGUUAGUAGUGGUAAAACAUACAUAGUCAUUGCUUUUCCUUUAUUAAUACAUGUAAUCUUAGUUCCAUGUUUGAUGCCAGUUUUGCACAAGAAAUUAAUUCAGUGAAGUGUGGUAUUUAAUGUUUACAAUAAGCCUCUGACACACACUUUAAUAUGACUUCUGAUGUAAAUGUGUAUAUUACCAUAGUAUAACUAUAAGUAAAUAUCAGUGGAACUGCUGAUUUAGUUCUUAAAGAAUGACCUUGGAAGCAAUAUGACUUGUAACAUCAGGCUACAUUGUGUUUGCUAAAAUAUUAAGUGAAAUACUGUAAUUUUCUUAAAUAUUAGGCUACUUAGUGACUGUAGAAUUUAGCACAAAUUAGCAUGAACACUGCUAAAACACAAGGUUUGCAUUACAAGUUUUGUAUGUCAGAAAAAUACGGCUUCCAGUAAUGGAAGCAAGAGCCAAAGACACUUUUAAUCUAUCACUGUUACAGGUGUAAUUUUCACGUAAUGGGGUCAGCAGAAAUCUGUUCAGCUUAACUGGGUGCUCUUUUUCAAGGUUUUGUAAUGUUUUGCAGGAUACAAAGUUUGAAAACAAAGAAAAGAGAGAAAAAGAGACCUCAAAGUACUCACACUGUAUGAGUAAACUUUUCAUUUUCCUCUUUGGAUAAAAGUAAUUGUGAGCGAUGGAAAGGAGGAGUGUGUUUGGGAACAGAUCAGAUACUGCUCAUUUUAUCUUCCACUCACAACCAAGAUGAAUUUGUGUUCUUUGACAGGUUUAUAAUGAGCGUAAGUAAGAUAGACCAUAAAUGCAACUGCAGCUAGUUGGCAACUUUACCAAAAUGUACAGGAAUGGACAGAAGUGGUCUGAAAAAAAACCCCAGUAUGGCUUAAUAACCAUCCCUGUUAUCCAUCCUUCUGUUUUUGCUUUAUUUUCUGACCCACAGAGAACCCUAACACUGCGAGGUCUUGUGUUUUGAAGGAGUUCUCUCUCAUGUUUAAACAAUUGUCGAAACUUAACUAUGUUUGUUGAAACUUAACUAAGCCACUCAGUUUACCUUGCUUUUAGUUCAACUUUGGUGUUUGCUUUUUAGUUUGUUAUAUUAUCAUACUGUUGAUGUACUUCCCCUCUUCUUCUCCCCCUCCUCCCCCUUCCCCGCAUACUUGAGUAGUAGUAUACAGAAUAUCCUAAUUUCUUGAAUACUGGGAGGUCUUUCUGGCAGAUGUGUUCAAGGGUCUUGUGCUUAUCCUGUGGAUGUAAUAUAACUGCACUUGUAGCAGAAACUUGAUGAUUUAUGUGCAGCUCAUGCCUGGUACUUGGAAGAUGUAAAAUGGAGAGACAGUUGAUUAAAGGAAACAGGAGACUGAGUAUUAGACAGCAUUUGAUAGGUAACAAACAUUUUAGAGCUCUUUACUGUCCAAAUAGCUGUCGAGAGUAGUAACAAGUAUUCCUCAAAUUAAAUUAGUGUAUAUUUAAUUAUACAGCAAAAAUACUGUAAAUUAAAAUACUAAUUUUAAUUCUUAUUGAUUUUUUUAUCUUGUUUGCUUUCAAGAAGGGCAAGUAGAGGAGGAUGGAAUUUCUGGGAAUGCAGUAUAUAUUUAAGCUUUCAGUUUAAACUUGUUUAAGACUGUCUUUAAGCUAAAAUAAAUAUUUGAGUUACCUUUACAUGGCCUUUUCUGACAUAUGUAGAGGAGUGGAAGCAUGUCCCAUUUUACCACAAUUAAAAUACAUUUUAUUUUAACACAAAUAAUGUUUGCACAAUCAAAAUCGAUUUUAUCUCAUUGUUACUUGGUUAAUAUUCCUGAAUUACAUUUUCUGGAGGGAAAGAAAUAGAAUUCAGUUAUGUAAGAGUUUCCCCAGAUUUCUGUUGACCCUUAGUCACAAGCCUAACAAGUUGUUAAAUGCUCUUAAAUUCAUAUAGACAGCUUUAAAGGUUACCAUGUGCCCUGCUUUUAAUUAUAAGUGCUAUAAUACCUCUUUAUAAGCCUUAUAUUUUACCCAUUCUAAUUGCUAUGUAAGUGUAUAGAACCCAUUCACCAACUAAAUAGGUCAUUGUCUGUAACUGAGACCAAAAUGUGUUUUUUUUUUCCCCUCUCUAUAUAUAUGUGUGUGUGUGUGUGUAUGUAUGUGUGUUGUCACCAAGUAGUUCCUAAUGAAGCUGCUGUUGGAACAGCAGUUAACCUGUAACUGUGAAUGCUUUAUGUCUUAGUUAUUUGGGUAUUACAUGCAUAAGGUGUGCUAAACUCGUAUGACUUACAAACUGGUGGAAAUGCUGUUAUACCACCUUACAUGAGUUCAUCUGGUUAAUUUUUAGGUCUUUUGCUGGUGUUGAUGUAAAAUGGAAUCCCACAAAUAAAGAGUAUUUGUGUUGGUUUCAGAAA